AUGUCGCAACCAUCUGCACCAGAUUCAUAUAAACCGAAUCAGCAACCUCUGCCUUCUGUUCUACCCGUGCUUAAAGUGAUAUCAACGCAGGCACGUUCAGCAGAUGUUGUUUGGACCUACGGUAACCGUGACCCCAGAUAUCUAUUCCCAGGUCUGACGUAUCAAGUCUCAAAAGCUGAAGCCAAUGCACUCAACUUUGAGGUUGCAUAUGAAGGCGAAGAGCCCAUGUUUGUAUUGACAGAUCUUAAGCCUUUAACCAAGUAUAAAUUUAAACUGCGUAUUACAUUUACUAAAUGGCUCGAGACUGGAAAAAAGGAUAUAUGGAGCAAGACCUAUUCAGAAGCAGAGGCUAGUACUACUGAUGAGAGCACUGUAGUUAAGGCCACUGCCCAACUAACUCGUGCCAUUAUCGAGGCUGAUGUUGCCAAAUCAACCUCCAUUCUCAACGAGCAUGGACAGCAAAUCUCGAUGGAGUCUCGAGAUAAAAAUGGAAAAACCAUCUUGAUGCUUGCGUGUCAGUCUGGAUCUGGUGAGAUGGUUCGCCUGCUGCUCCAACGAGGUGCUUCUACCCAUUCUACUACCAGGUCGGGCAAAACUGCUCUCUCCAUAGCAGUCACAUAUGGCAGUAUUAAAGCAGCCGAAGCUAUACUCCAACACGAUCCAGAGCAAGCAAAACUUGCCGAUCUAGGCGGUUCAACCCCACUUAUGUGGGCGGCAGAAAACGCAUCUACAACUGUUCGUCAUAGCGUAGCUAUCCUUGAGCUUUUACUUCAACAAGGAGUUGAUGUGAAUCAAGAAGAUCCACGUGGACAUACUGCCUUUGAUCGACUCUGCAUCACAUCUGGGAAUGUUCGAGCUGCAAAAGCACUUAUUUUAGCUGGCGCCAGAAUUGUGCAGGAAGUAGACAAGAAGCAUCCUAUGACUUCUUUGAUGAGUGCAGCUUUAAAUGGACAUUUAGAGCUUGUGAGAGAGUUGAUGGAAAAGUAUGGGUCAGAUCCUACUGUACGUAGUGAGCAUGGUGGGACGGCCAAGAGUUUUGCUGAAACAAAUGGACAUCGUGCUAUUGUAAACAUGAUUGAAGAGCGACUGAGCAUUACGAGCGAAGUUUAA